AUGGACGUCUCGCAGCAACUGGCAGACUACGCAGCCGCCAACGCGGCCGAGGUGCUUGAGCGCCCCACCCCCGUCGAGCUUGACACUGGUCUUCUUGCCGCCUACGACACCACUCCCGUGGACGCCGACGAGUACAAGGCCGCUCUCGAGCCCCACCUCCUCGCCCUCACCCUCACCUCGACGCAGGCCCUCCUCGCCGGCCUCUUCUCCCUCCCGACCAAGUCGUCCGAGCACGGCCCCGUCGCUCAGCUUGCCGACCCCACCUUUGUGCUUCCUCGCGAGAAGCCCCUGCCCAAGCCCAAGCCUCUUACCAAGUGGGAGCGCUUCGCCAACGCCAAGGGUAUCUCGCACGUCAAGAAGGACAAGAAGGUCUGGGACGACGAGCGCCAGGAGUGGGUCGCCCGCUGGGGCCGCGACGGCAAGAACAAGGACGCCGAGGACCAGUGGCUCCACGAGGUCAAGAACAACGGUUCGGACCCCACCAUCGACCCCCGUGCCACUGCCAAGGCCGAGCGCAAGGCCCGUACCGAGAAGAACGCCAAGCAGCACGCCCGCAACCUCGCCGAGGCCGCUGCCUCCCCCCUCUCCACCCUCGACCGCAAGCCCACCGCCGGCACUGCCAGCCAGGGUGAGAAGGCCAACGCCCGCUCCAUCCGCAAGGCCGAGCUCGACCGCGGCAUGCUCGUGUCCAAGGUCUCGACUGCCUCGUUGGGCCGCUUUGACAAGUCGAUCGAGGGCGAGCCCCGUGUCAAGGGCAUCAAGCGCAAGUUUGAGACCAACCUCGGCGACCACGCCAGCGAGAAGGCCUCGGCCAUGGACGUGCUCAACCGCCUCGGCACCGCCGAGCGCAAAAGGGCCCCCAAGAAGGGCGGUUCGGGUGUCGAGGGUGGCGUCAACACCCGCAAGGCUGUCCGUUACGAGGAGCGCGCCGCCCAGCUCGCCAACCGCCGCGACGGCAAGAGCGGCGGUGGCCGUGGUGGCCGUGGCGGCAAGAGUGGCCGCGGCGGCCGCAAGUAA